AUGAUGAAGAUGAUGUGUUGGUUUUAUGAGUGUUGUCCUUAUGCCGAUGGUCAUCUUGCUGACCGAGUGGGCGAUGGUGUACCACGUAUACUGAAUUGGUUUGUAAAGUAUAGACUAAUUUACAAGGAGUUCAAGUCUGCAUUUUUUGAUAUUAGGCAAGAGCAGGUUGUGUUGCGUAACUUUACGCCGACAGUUCUUGAAAAAAUAAUCCUUCAAUUACCUGAUUUCAAACUUGUGGAUGCGGUUGUGCACUCUGUUGAUUUGCCUAGCACCGGUAAACAUGAAUGUAGUCAGUUGAGCUCAGAUAAUGAAUUGACACUUUUGCGAAGUGAUUUAAUGGAAAAGGUUUCCUCGAUGGAGAAGUUUAUGAAAUCCUCAUUUGAAUUGAUUUUUCGAGCUCUAGAUAUAAAGAAUGAGCCUAAGGUUGGUAUAUCAAUUGGUGCUAACGAUGGUGACAACUCAAAUGAAAAAGACGAUGAGACACCUAAUGUUAGUGGUACAGGUGAUGAUCAAGUUAAUGAUCCACCUAAUGUGGGACAACAAAAUGAUGUUGUACCGGAAGUGGAUCAUAUAAGUGACAAUUUGAUGGAUGAUGUAGGGAAAGCAACAGAUUGUGUAGGUGGUGACGUAAUUUGGCAUUUGGUGGAUGCCAUUGGAGAGAAAGUUAAUUUUGUAGGUGAUUGUGUAGGUGGUCAUGUCGAUGUUGAUUCUGUGGCUGAAACUUUAAAGGAUGGUGCUUGGAAGAAUUUUCCGAAUUUUGAUUUUUUGAAGUUCACACAAAGCUCAGGUGAAAAUAAGGACAUAGAGGAGGGUAGAAAUAGUCAAGUUGAUAGUGAUUGGUCUAAUUUUACUGAUUCUGAAUUUUCUAAAUUUACUCAACCUUUUAGUGAUCAAAAGACACAAAAAGAAGUUGAUGCAACUACAAGUGAUAAUGUUAAAGGGAUUGAGGAAAAUAUGGUGGUUGCACCUGUUAUGUUGGAUGAAACACCUGCUAUUCCUCGCCGAUUACGUAAGCCAGCGGCAGUAUGUGAAUCUUCAUUUUUGUCAAAAUUUGAUUCUGGUUGUGGCAAAGUUAAAGGCCAAUCAUCUAAGUGUGUAGAGAAUACUCAGUCAAGAAAACAUGUCUUAUCUAUAAAGUAUCCUUUUGUAAAAAUUAUUAUGGAGCGAAUUGAUGAUAUGAAAGUGAUGUUAAAGUUUAACAAAUUUGUUGCGAGGCCUGUUUAUUCCGAUUCUGUCAAUGCUCUCCGAAAAUUUUUUGACUACGGAGUUGAUAUUGUUAAAAUGAUAGAGUGGUUCUUCACAUUGGCAUAUUCAGGAGUAACGUUAACCAAUUCACAUAUUGAUGUUAUCUUUUACUAUUUACGAAAGAAGUCAAAAUACGGGCCUGCUUGUGAUUCGACUUUGUAUAAGCAUUUUGUGGAGAACAAUAGAGAUGUAACACUUAUCACUCAAGAACAUCAAAUCGUUGAGUACAUGCUUGGAUUUUUUAUGAGAUGCAACGUCCCAUGGAAUAGCGUUGACAAUGUUCUUUUUCUAAUUAAUCUUGCUGAGGAGUUUCACUGGAUUUUGGCGAGGCUGUCUUUUAAAGAUCAAUGCAUAUAUGUGUAUGAUUCAAUGUAUGGUACAAGAUUUUGGGAAAGUAGGAGCGAUGGACUUCCAGUGGAUAAUUCUUUUGAUAUUCGUAUUGACUGUGGUGUAUUUGUUGCUGCCUUUGCUAAGUAUUUGCUUGAUGGUCUUGAAAUUUCUAAUCAUCUAGAUAAUAUUGAUGCUAUUCAUACUCGAUAUGGUGUAUUGCUAUGGAAUUAUGAAAAAAAGAAACAAAGCCAAUGUGCAGUUAGUGAAGAUGAAUCUACUGGUCGAUUAUUGAGGAAAAAGGAAGGUGUGCAGCAAAUUUAG